CCAGGCAAGGAAGGCUGAGGGGGGAGAGGAAGUAAGGAGCGUGUGGAUGCCGAGGGCCACAGGCAGCCAGGCAGGGGAAGGCUGGGGCCAGAGCCCUGAAAGGAAGCCUCUGAGGGAACCAGGACCCAGGGCACACCUUACCCACCGAGGAGCACCCCAGUGAAGACUUCCAGCUGCCAUCCUGGAGGUCCUCGUACCCAGUUCCCUUCACCCACCCCAGGGAGAGAUGCAGAAAGACCCUUCGCUGCCACCACCAUCUGCACCCUUGGCCUCAAACACCCCCCUGGGUGCAGGCCAGCAGGCCAGCGUGUCAGGAGCCCCUGGCAAGAGCGAGCCUGGACACCACACCUGCCAAACCAAGCCCAACAUAUCCAAGGUGAUCCUCGGGAUUAUGGCGGACAAGGGGGCGUACAGCCGCAUAUCCAUGACCUCGCUGAGGAAGGCCGUCGCCACCUCCGGCUACAACAUGACCUGCAACGCCUGGCGCUUCAGGCGAGUGCUCAAGCGGCUGGUGGACAAAGGCGUGCUCAGGCAGGUGACCGGCAAGGGGGCCUCAGGCUCCUUCUGCAUCAGGAAGAAGCCGGCCUCCAAGUUCAAGCUCAAGGCCAAAAGCCGGCGGCAGCAGCGACAACAGUCUGGGCCACGCCGGUCUGGGCCACGCCGGCCUGAGCAGCGCCAGCCUGGGCAGCGCAGGUUGUUCCUGGGCUCCAAACAGGGGCACAAGCGGCCAGUCAAGGGGGUCCACAGAGCGGCCAGAUGCCGCCGCAAUUAACAAGGCAGGCCGGGCAAGCAGGCAGUGGUGCCAGGCUUGCCACAGGCUCCGCGCAGCGGGAAUAAAAGGAACCUGACUUAUUUCA